CAUUUGGUGGAAAGCUGAAAAGUCCCCUGCGUGUUGUUUUGGUUGCCACACAUGCUGACAUAGUGAAUCUUCCUCGGCCCGUUGGGGGAGAGUUUUGGUAUGACAAAGACAUGUCGUUGUUGAAAGAAAUCAGGAACAGAUUUGGAAAUGAUCUGCAAAUUUCAGACAAGUUAUUUGUCUUGGAUGCUGGCGCAUCUGGGUCUAAAGAUAUGAAGCUACUCCGAAAUCACUUGCAAGAAAUAAGAAGCCAGAUAAUUUCUACUUGCCCACCCAUGACUCAUCUGUGUGAAAAAAUAAUGUCCACGCUGCCUUCAUGGAGAAAAAUGAACGGGCCUAACCAGCUGAUGUCCUUGCAGCAGUUUGUGUACGACGUGCAGGAGCAGCUGAACCCCCUAGCAAGCGAAGAUGACCUGCGGCAUAUUGCACAGCAGCUGCACAGCAUAGGAGAGAUUAACAUUAUGCAGAGUGAAACUGUCCAAGAUGUUGUGCUUCUGGAUCCUCGCUGGCUCUGUUCAAACGUCCUCGGAAAAAUCCUGUCAGUGGAAAACCCAAAAGCCCUCCAUCACUACAGGGGUCGGUACACGAUGGAGGACAUCCAGCGCCUGGUGACAGACAGUGAUGUGGAAGAACUGAUACAGAUUUUGGAUGCCAUGGACAUUUGUGCAAGGGACCUUAGCAGUGGAGCAAUGGUGAAGACUGACAAUCUCCACAGGUCUUGGACAGAUGAGGAGGAUGAGGUGCUGAUUUAUGGUGGUGUUAGAAUCGUUCCUGUGGAACAUCUUACCCCAUUUCCUUGUGGAAUUUUUCAUAAAGUUCAGGUGAAUCUCUGCCGGUGGAUUCAUCAGCAGAGCUCAGAGGGGGAUGCUGACAUACGCCUGUGGGUGAAUGGAUCAAAGAUCGUGAAUCGCGGAGCCGAGCUUUUGGUGCUGCUGGUCAACCAUGGUCAGGGUAUAGAGGUUCAAGUUAGAGGACUGGAAACAGAGAAGAUCAAGUGCUGUUUACUGCUGGAUUCUGUGUGCAGCACCAUCGAUAACUUAAUGGCCACGACCUUACCAGGCCUUCUGACCGGGAAGUACUACCUUAGUCCUCAGCAGCUGAGGGAACAUCACGAACCUGUAAUGGUCUACCAGCCUAGAGACUUUUUCCGUGCACAGAGUCAAAAGGAGACAUCACUAACUAACACUAUGGGGGGAUAUAAAGAGAGCUUUAGCAGUAUCCUGUGUUUUGGGUGUCUUGAUGUCUACUCCCAGGGAAGCCUAGGAAUGGAUAUUCAUGUUUCCGAUCUGAAUCUGCUUACCAGGAGAAAACUAAGUCGACUUUUGGAUCCUCCUGAUCCUAUGGGCAAAGAUUGGUGCCUUCUGGCCAUGAACCUGGGCCUCCCUGAUCUUGUGGCCAAGUACAACACCAAUAACGGAACACCAAGUGACUUUGUCUCGAGCCCAGUACAUGCCCUUCUGCAGGAGUGGAGUAACGCUCCCGAGAGCACUGUAGGUAUCCUGAUGUCUAAACUGAGGGAGUUGGGUCGCAGAGAUGCAGCAGACUUCUUACUGAAGGCAUCUUCUGUAUUCAAAAUAAAUUUAGAUGCUAAUGGUCAAGAGGCUUACGCUUCCAGUUGCAACAGUGGCACGUCGUAUAACUCGAUCAGCUCUGUCGUGUCACGGUAGGGGCAGGUGUUCCACACGGGCGUCUUGUCAAACUGUAGAAAGGGUAGAAGAUACAGUACAGGAGUUUCUGUGCAUCUUAGUUUAUGAGGUUUUACCUCAGAGGAUCUUUAUCCUUCUCCAGCGCCACCUUUUUGUGCUUAAACUUUCUACUUCUAACUGUGAAUUGUUGCUUUUUUAUCUAUUAAAAAGGCUGGUGUACUUCUGGUGUUUUAAAAUUAUUCCUGAUACAUAAUGUGCUGCUUA